CAACGGUUCGGAUUUUGGCUCGCAGUUUGAAACCGUUUCAGAAUCCUGAGCCAAGCGCAAGUGGGAAUGGAAGCGAGCUCACCGCCGCCAGCAGCGACUACAGCUCCCGGUCAUCCCGACGAUACAAAUGAAGCAAACAACAAUGCUACCAGCACAAGCGGGAGUCCAGCAGCUGGGCCACCUCCAGCUGCAGUCAUCGAUUUGGCUGCGCUCGACAACCGCCAGCUGUUCAAGCUCAUGAGCGACCUCGGACUGUCCGCAUCCCCAAUCACCAAACAGACACGCAUGUUUGCCGAACGCAAGGUCCGCGACCGGCUCCAGGCGACCUCAGGCUCAGCUGCAGCGAUUGUCGUCUCUUCCUCCCCGACUGCAAACCCUGUCCAAGUCCAACAAGCCCCAGGCGACCCAGUCCCAGUCCAAGAGCCGAGCGUCCAGGAUGCUGCACCAGGUCGCAUUACCGAACCCAUUCCGGGCUGCCAGACGUACUACGCAGUCGUGGUGAGGGACACGGUGCCAGGCGAGUCUGCUCCACCGGUCAUCAACCUCGUGCGUUCGGGCGUCUACUCGGCGAUUCCCAAGAAGGGACCUGGCAUGCCGCAAGAGCUGCUCAAGAGUCUGCAAUUCGACAAGUUUCGCGAUUUCGAUGCAGCCGCAAGAUAUGUUCAGGAGGCCAUCGUGAGUGCCGGCCAGGCAGGAACAGGAACUGCGCGCCCCACAGGUUCCGCCUUGUCUGCAACGACCGCGGCAGUCGCUGCAGAAAACGUCUCACAAUACCGCACACCUGAAGCUUCCACACUUGGCCGAUUCGCUCGAGAGAUUGAGCAGGGAAACUUGGAAUCUGUGCAAAAGCAAAUCAACGACAACCCAAAGUUUCUGGUGGACUCGAGCAACCGCCCCAUGCUUCUCGCUGUGCAGGAUCGCUCGACAGCUCUACACGUGGCCGCGCAGCAUAAUCGGCGGGACAUUUGCCAGUUUAUCGUCGGGCGGCUGAAGAGCGACGACUUUUGGACUGUUCUCUUCCCCAGCGGCCAUGACAAGCACGAGGCCUUGCUGGACCACGUUAACGCACGCGAUCGACUGAUGGAAACGCCGCUUCAUCGUGCCUGCAAGUGGGGGUCGAAGAGUGUUGUGGCGUAUCUCCUGAGCCUGGAUGAUUUGACAGAUCGCAGCGCAGCGAACGAAGACGGCAAGACGGCCGAGGAAAUUAUUUGCACUCGUGACAAUUCUGCUCAAGCGAGGAACAUCAAGGACUUGUUUGUUGGUCAAUAUUACAUUCCAUUGUAUCGCACCGACGAUGCUUCUGCGCCGGUCGUUGGAUUGCCGUUCAGCUCGCCGGUGCGACCCGACACCCGAAAUGCAGCUGCAGUCUCAUUAGAGCGUAUUCUACCUCCGGAGGAACUGGCACACACCAAAUCGUUGGCUUUUCAGGCAUCUGCAGGCGGGCACGAGGCAUGGUUGAGUGCUUCGUCUCCUUCCGGCGUAUUGCGAAGAACCGAGUCCACACAAGGUCGUCUGCCGGAAUGGUCACCGUUAAUGGAUCGAGAUUUGCAUUCCCCGCGCUCCAAUGCCGCUGCCUUACCAACUGGCCAUGGUACACACAAGCUUUGCGCGACUGCAGGGCCAAUGACAGAGCGGCAAGCCCAAGAGUUUCGCGAAAAGUGGAGUCCGCUUGCAGGUCGAACGCAUAGCAACAUUGAGUCACCCAAGAAGCAGCACACGCCAAUGCUGCGUCAACACCACGGGUUGCUCCAAGGCAAUGGCGGCAGACUCGGCAGUCCAGCAGCAGCCGAAACUUCCGCGCCUGGGUCGCACAUUGCCUCCCCAUUUUCCACGCCAACCAAGUCAGCGUCUCUCGCGGCAUCCCAGUUUACAUCCCCGAGUUUAUCGCCGUUUUCUUCUCAUCCACGGCGCCAAACAGACACACAGCGCUUGCAAAACGCCGAAAAGGGGUUUGAGGUGAUUGGUCGGCGCCUGUCGACCGAGUUUCACACGCCGUGGCAAGAGCACUGGGCCUUUCUGCGCACAUCUUGCAAUGCCGAAGAUCCAGAAGCACACGAGUUGUUUGAAAAGUAUCUUGCGGAGCGUCCGAAUCAUUUGUUCAUCAAUGGCCCUGCCUUCCGCAAGGACGAUCGUGAUUUCUUUGAAGCAAUGGGUGAUCACAUCCCGAACUCGACCAAAUUCCCGCUUGUCUCCAAGUGGUAUCAUCGAACAGAGGCAGAAAUUCAGAAUCGAGCCAACCAGCGAUCUCGGUUGAGCACGCCAGUUUCGACACCCACCCGUCCAGCAGUAGAGGGCAUGCAGACCCUGUCAAAUGCCAUGGCGCAGCUCACUUUAAAGCCCGGACAAGGAUUAGAUUUCGACCGAUAGUGAUGAGAACAGAGAGUUUGAGCAUUUCAGUGCUUCUAAAUACAAUCCGAUCAUCUGUGCAAGUACAACUCGGACGCUCAGCCAGAUUUGAUCUGAGAAUUGAGAAC